AUGAAAAGGAUGAAUGAGGUCGAAACUGACCUUACAAGUAAGAAAAUAAAAACAGAGUUCACUAAAGAAGAUAUUGCAUAUUUUUUCAACGAUCAAAUUUGGCAGUCGGAGUUUCAAAACACUAAAGAAGAAGAAGUCAAGAACAGUUCCCCCUAUAAAUGGGGUACAAUCAAAAAUUUAAUGGAUGACACAUUGUUGAGAAAGGUCAGGGAGGAAGUGUUAUCACAAAUUGCAUUUACAAAAAAAGAAACAGAUAUUUAUAAAGUUUAUCAACUGGGAGAUUUAGCUAAUCUUUCGGGUUUAGAUUGGGAUGAUUUAUCAAAAUUACCAUCAUUAUUCAAAUUAAGAGCUGCGAUAUAUAGUCAAGAAUUUAGAGAUGUGAUUUCAAAAGUAACAGGUAGUGGGAAAUUGAGUGGAGUUAAAACGGAUAUGUCAAUUAAUACAUAUACAAAAGGAUGUCAUUUAUUAACUCAUGAUGAUGUUAUUGGUAGUAGAAGAGUUAGUUUUAUAUUAUAUUUGCCAGAACCUGAUAAAGUUUGGAAGCCAGCAUAUGGAGGAGCAUUAAGAUUAUUCCCCGCUAUAGUACCCAAUGUACCACAAACUGAUUUUGAAUGUAAAUUAGUUCCACAAUUUAAUCAAAUUGCAUUUUUCACAGUUCAACCUGGAUUAAGUUUUCAUGAUGUUGAAGAAGUCAGGGAGGAUAGACAUAGAUUAUCUAUUCAGGGUUGGUUUCAUAUUCCCCAACCUGGAGAAGAUGGAUUUGUUGAAGGUGAACAAGCUAAAACUGAAGCAUUAUCUACUUUACAACAAUUGCAAAGUAAAGAAUUACAGGAUUAUGAUUUUCCUAAAAAUAUAAGAGAUGAGAUAAAUUCAAUUGAAUUGAAGAAGAUAGAGUCUGAUGAAUUAACUAGUGAUCAAAUAGAGUAUUUAAGUAAAUACUUAAAUCCAAAAUAUCUUAAAGAUGAUGUAUUUAAACAAUUAAGUGAUUUUUUUAUCAACGAAUCAUUAAUAGAAUUGAAAGAUAUUUUCAAAAAAGAAUUUGCAGAUGAACUUCAUAAACAAAUAAGGAAAACUGAGAUAAAUACUUCAACUCCACAAAAAUCUUCAGAUAUACUACAUCCUUGGAAAAUAGCAAUACCUCCUCAUAAACAAAGAUACUUGUACAUAGAUGGGAAAUCAGAUUUUACUCCAACAAAAGAAGAAAUUGAAUUUGUAAAUAAUACAGGACCACAAGAACUUCCAAAUUUUAGUCUUUUGCAAACUAAAGAACAAUCAGAUACUCUAUUGGUUGAAAUUGCCGAAUUUUUAAAAUCAAUAGCAUUUAAAAAAUGGUUAAGAAAAGUUACAAAACUAACACCAACAACUGAACAAAUCUUGUUACGUAGAUUUAGACCGGGUCACGAUUUUAUAUUAGCUACAACCACAGAUCAAGAAAUUGCAAGAAAUGAAACAGAAGAAAAUGUAUUAUUAGAGGCGACUUUAAAUUUAACUCCAACUGCUGAAAACUCACAAAAUUGGGAAUCUGGUGACUUUGGAGGUUAUGAAUUAUGUAUGGCUCAAGCAACUGAAGACGGUGAAGAUGAUGAUCCUGCAAUAUACAAAUCAAAUAAAGAUUCUGAUGAUGAUAGUGUAUUAUGUACUAAUCAAUGUAAGUGGAAUUCAUUAACUUUAAUGGUUAGAGAUCCGUCAGUUUUAAAAUUUGUUAAAUAUGUCAGUAUUAAUGCAAAGGGUUCAAGAUGGGAUGUCAGUUGUCAAUGGAAUGUCAAGAGUACUGAAGAAGAUGAUGAAGAUGAGGAAAACGAAGAGGAAAAUGGUAGUUAG